AUACACCUGAAAUUAUUUUCUAAAUUAAAAUUGAAACAUGUCAGAGUUAGUGUCGAAAUGUGUAUUAAGGGUAGAAGUUAACGAUUCGCAAGAAAGCGAAGAGUCUAGAGGUGCCGAAGCGGUAGUAACUUCAGAUAAUGUACAACGAAGUAGAGGUCAACGAAAAAUACGAGACAUCAGCGUUGAGACAUUUCCGAGUCGCUUGGAAAGCCCCCGGGAUGAUUGGGGUCUUCUUCCUAAAUAUUCGAGAGAAACGACUCCAGUCAGUGAAUCUCAAAAAGAACCUUCGGAGAAAGAUUCAGAAAUUGGAUUUUUCAGUGGAAACCCCUUCGUGGAGAUUACCAAGGGAAUUUUACAUUUAUACAAAGAAGAUGUUUUAAGUAGCAGAAAGGACGCUCUUACACUGUGCCUCUUGGGAGUACCUACAAGUAUGACAUGUCACGAUUUAUUAACUUUUACUGCACCGUGCCAUGAUGAAAUUUCACACAUUAGAGUUUUAAGAGAUUCAAUGCCAAAUCAGUACAUGGCUCUUUUAACUUUCAGAAAUCACGACUCUGCUAUGGAAUUUUAUUUAACUUAUAACGGAGCUCCGUUCAACAGCCUUGAACCUGAUAGUAUAUGUCGCAUAGUGUGGGUGUCUAAAGUAGAAUGGGCUCAUGAUGGGGUGCCUCCUCCCGGUCACACUGAAUUACCCUUGUGUCCUGUCUGUUUAGAACGUAUGGAUGAAUCUGUCGAUGGAGUUUUAACCAUUCUUUGUAAUCAUGCGUUUCACGCUAGCUGCCUGGAGCAAUGGGGCGAUGCCACCUGUCCUGUUUGUAGAUGCGUUCAAAGUCCAGAACAAGCUGAAAUGUCCGAGUGCGAGGAAUGUGGAACUUCCGUUCCUUCACCCGAUAGUCUUUGGAUAUGCCUUAUUUGCGGUCACGUUGGAUGCGGCAGAUAUCAAGGUGGACAUGCUGCUUCCCAUUAUAGAGAAACGGGGCAUUGUUACGCUUUACAGUUAGGAUCUCAUCGUGUUUGGGAUUAUAAAGGUGAUAAUUUUGUUCAUCGGUUACUUCAAAACAAGGUCGACGGAAAAUUGGUAGCUUCAGAGGGACCCCCAUCGGAAUCGGAGGGAGCCCAAGAAAAAGUCGAUUCGGUACAAUUAGAAUUUACUUAUCUGCUGACAUCUCAGCUAGAAGAACAGAGAAUGUAUUUUGAAGACAAAAUGGCCUUAUUAGAAAGUCAAUUAUCUGAUGAAACGAAACUUUUACGGGAAAACAUGGCUUCUCUAUCGGAAGAAAACAAACAACUUCGGCAAAAAUUAAAUACUGCUACAAAGGAGAAGCAAGCUUUAGAAAAGAAAUUACAGCAACAUCAUUCUAAGCUGACAUCUACUUUAAACGAUCUUAAUGAAGAAAGGCAAUUAGGAAAAGCUUUACGAAAUAACCAACAACAAUGGCAAACAAAAAUUAAUAACCUAGAAGAGAAAUUGAGCGAAUUACAAUCGCACAAAGAGAGAGAAAUUGGCGAUUUAAAAGAGCAAGUCAGAGAUUUAAUGUUCUUUAUAGAGGCGCAAAGGGUAAUUGAAAAAUCUGAUGAAAAAGAAGAUAUUGCAAGCGGAACAGUCACAAUAGCAGAAACAUCUGAUACUUCAAAACGCAAAAAAGGCAAGAAAAAACACUAAUAUAAUUAUAUUGGAUUAAAUAAGUAUUCUUUAAACUGUUAAGAUUAUCUAUUUGUAUAUUUAAUAUAGAACAGGUGUGUAUUUUUUUAAUUUAUGUUGUGUUGGUUAUUAAAACUAAAGAAAACAAAAGAUUUUACAUGAGAUGAUGUUUUACAAUGGUUUGUAAAAAUAAACACCCUCUCUCUCUUUCUCUCUGUUCAACUCAUGGGAAAUCUAAAAAAAUGUUCUUUAAAAUGUUGGUUUUGGUUCAUUGUUUUCUGAAAACAUUCGUAAAAAGAGUUAAAAAUAAAUUUGAAUAAUAUAUAAUUUAUCCUAGAAUUGUUGUUAACAAACUUAUCAGUCAACAAAAUAAAUACAAAAAUAAUAAAAUGUAAUUAUAAAUAUAUAGAUAUAUCCUAUCAAUAUUAAGGGCAACAGUAAUACGUACAAUAUUUAAUGAUAUAAUAUCGAAAACUACACAUGUAUUUUUUAGGUAUCUAAUUACCAUGACCAUUGAAUUCUUCCCUUUGCCCCUUUUAACACACAACCCAGAUUAUCACAAAUUUAAACUAACAUGUAUUGUAAAUUUAAUUUACUGGUAACUUUUUGAAAAACACGUUCAAAAAUUAUCAUGGUCUACUUUCGAUCGAACGCUUCUCCUCUUUUUCUUUAUUACCAUCUCCUUUCACCACUUGAACCAUCCUCAAUGUUAAACCGGCCAAAAUCGCAUCAAGGGGAUCCAUAAAUCCUCUUUGCAUCCAUUUCGGAAUGGUAGUACGCGCGUGCGAGAAACCCAACUUUUGAAGAAUGUAAUCGAUACCGUACGGUUCUAUGUACUUUCCGGCGACGCUCAACAACCGCACGGUCGGCUCCAAAUGCCACGUUUUGCAAUUGUAAUUACGCCAAUCCUUCGCGAAAAUAUCCACGUCUAUGGAGCCCUUUUUGGGCGUCUCGCUCAAGGAUUUCGGUCGCUCUUGAUCCGCGACGAGUUUCUUAUCGAAACC